AUGGAUAUUACGGAUCCCACGUUUGCCGCCGUCCUCAUAUCAUCGUGCGCGAUUGGAGUGCUGUGUAUGUUCGAUGAGCUGCCAUCGUUGAGCAAAAUAGUGUCAUGGAUCGAUAUUCACACGCUGGUGCUGCUUUUUUGCAUGAUGAUAAUAGUGAGCAUUUUAUCGGAGACCGGCGUCUUUGGCUACCUCGCGGUGCUGGCCUAUCGCCUGUCCAAGGGUCGUGCCUGGCUGCUCGUGGGCCUCCUCUGCCUGAUCAGCGUAGUACUGGCCGGAUUCCUGGAGCUGGUCACCAUACUGAUGAUUAUGGUGCCAGUUGUGAUCCGACUGUGCGAGUGCAUGAGCCUGCGCACCACCACCGUGCUGAUCUGUGUGGCGAUCUUCUCGAACAUUGGCUGCGCAUUGACGCCCAUUGGGGACCCAGCAACUGUUCUCAUUGCGACGAACGCCCAUGUCAUGAGCAAGGGCGUCGACUUCAGCACGUUUAUCAUUCACAUGUUCCCGGGCGUGGUGCUGAGCAUUUUCGCUGCUUGGGCGUACAUUUACCUGUUGCUGCGUACGAGUCUGACCCAUGGUGCCGAGGAGCAGACGAAUAACUCACUGAGAAUCCUAGCCAAGCGAAUGGGCGAGGGACGAGCUCCACCAAUGUCCAUGCACAUGGCAAAUCCAAAGUUCAAUUCGAAAAAGUAUUCAGAAACAACGGUUUUUCGAAUCAUGGCUGCCUCUAACUACAUUGAAACGCUCGCCAUGAUGGAGUCCAAGUACAAGGUGCAGGAYAAGCCGUUACUAAUCAAGUGCGCUGUUUCCUUCUCAUUUGCCAUAGUGCUGUGGUUGCUGCACUCGCUGCCCUUUUUUGCGGGCGCCACACUGGCCUGGACCGCUCUGAUGGCCUCGAUGCUGCUGCUGAUACUCUACGAUUCGCAGGACCUUACCGCCGUGUUCAUGCGGCUCGACUGGUCCAUGCUGUUGUUCUUCAGCGCACUGUUCGUGCUCAUUGAGGCUUGCGCGGAGCUGGGCCUGAUCCAUUGGCUGGCUGAGCUAACGAUCAACAUAAUCGCGAAUGUGGAUCCGCAAUAUCAGGUCGUUACAUCCAUUAUGGUUGUCCUGUGGAUGAGCACGACCUUCGCGGCUUUCAUCGAGAACGUUCCAAUUGCCACAAUGCUGCUCAGGCUCACCAUCCAAGUGGCCCUCAGUGAGCGGAUCAAUAUACCCUUUCUACCAAUGGUAUGGGCUCUCACCUAUGCGAUAUGCUUCGCCGGCAACGGCAGCUUGUAUUCGACCACGGCAAAUGUGGCCGCCUCUAGCAUUGCCAACCAGCAUGGCUAUAAGAUCACCUUUUAUGAGUUCUUCAAGUAUGGCUUCCCUGUCAUGAUAAUCACGAAUAGCAUUGCUUCAGUUUAUCUGCUCAUCGCCCACGGAAUUUUCCAUUGGCACUAG